AACUUGUGAUCCAAGCAGCAACAAGCAACAAGUUCUCCUCCAAGAUGAAAUUCCUUAUCAUUGCCGUCGCCUUUCUGGCCUGCGCCUGCGCCGAUGUCUCGGAACUGGCUGGUGCCUCCGGCUACGAUUAUCCUCAGCCAGCUCCAGUGAAGUCCUACGUCCCACCCCCACCACCGCCGGCGCCCAAGAACACCUACAUUCCCCCUCCAGCUGCGCCGGCCAAGGCCUACAUUCCUCCCCCACCACCACCACCACCACCAGCACCCAAGAACACCUACAUCCCUCCCCCAGCAGCUCCCGUUGAGAGCUACAUUCCCCCCGCAGCACCAGCACCCGCCUACAUUCCCCCCGCACCCAUCCAGGCCGAGGAGCCCAUCCAGGAGUACGAGCAGCCCGCCCAGGACGGCUACCGCUACAAGACCGUGCGCCGUCGCGUCUUCCGUCGCCGCAACUAAGGCCCAAGGACCCCCCAGGACUUCCCCAGCAAUUGUUAAAUAAUGUGAUAGGCCAUCUGUUGAUGUUUUGUUGAAAUCCAAGAUGGAAUUCGAUUCGAAGGAGUGCAAAUAAAUAAUGAAAAGCAAAA